ACGUUUAGUUGGGUGUUCACAAGUUGUCGGGCCGCCGUGGCGCACAGGGCGAUUCGCGUUCGCAAACGCACACGUCGCCGCGAACCCGUCGUCACGCUGCGUUCCGUUCCGUGGAGCACGGAAAGACGACGGCACACGCGCAUCACGUCGCGUCGUCGUGAGUCAUUGUUGUGUUGACAGUCAGUUGAAGCAGACGGCCAGGCAGGCAGGCAAGGAAGCCAGGCAGGCGGAGCACGAGCAGGUUGCCGCUCCUCUACCUUGAGACCGGUUGUGCCUUCUUUCGCAUCGGCGUAGUAACGCCGGACGUGCGUCAAACGUUUCCGUCGCCGUCUUCUGCGCCGAUUUCGGUUCGGUUUACAUUUGCUCGUUAUUGGUGCCGCGCCGGUGGUUGGUGCCGCGACAGUAUAACGCCGGAGUGACGUGAGACGGAGGUGCGGCGUGGAGUAAAAGGGAGAGGGCGGUCGUGAAGGACCGCGCGGGUGAAUUUUUCUUUUUUUUUUUUGCGUACAGUCGCGGUGCGCGGCUGUUAUGUAAUCGCCGCGGCGCGAAGCAAAGUGUUUGCGCGUUGACGUAGGCGGGCGAAGGAGAGAGAGAGGGGGGGAGAAAGAAAGAGAAAGAAAACGAAGAACGUCGCGGAGCAGCACACAUCGUUGACGUGUUGAAAUUCCGGGGGGCAAGGAGAACCGAAGAAGAGAGCCCGUCGUUCUCUUCUCGAGUGCUCGCACCGUCCGAGAGGGGAACGAACGUCACUUUCGAGCCGUUUGGUGGCGAGAGAGUGCCCAGAAGGAGGAGCCGAGGGUGAAAACCUCGGCCCUAUUCCCAUAAUCGAGGCGAGGUCAAUCGGUCCGGCGGCAUCGAUGGUGCGCAGCCUGACGAUGGAGCAGACGUUCUACGAGGACGCGAGCGUCUACAACACGAUGAACGGCCGCGACAACACCGUGGUCCAGCUCAAACGGAACCUGACGCUCGACUUGAACGGCUGCCAGAGGCAGGGCCCACAGGCGAAGAGGCCGCGGCUCGGUCCCCUGCCGCCGGCCCUGAACAACGUCACGCCGAUCCUCAGCUCACCGGAGCUCAACAUGCUCAAGCUUAACUCGCCGGAGCUCGAGAAGCUGAUCAUGACGCAACCGGACGGCCUGGUAACCAGCCUGUCCACCCCGACCACCCAGAUACUGUUCCCGAAGGCGGUCACCGAGGCCCAGGAGCUGUACGCGCGCGGCUUCGUCGACGCGCUCAAUGAGCUCCAUCACUCCGAUAGCUCGCAGGAGCCCGGCAGCAUGCACGGCGCCACGUACACGACCCUGGAGCCGCCCGGUAGCGUGCAGAGCACAGAGUCUACGAUGAGCAGCAACCCCGGGACGAACCUGAUACACAUCAAGGACGAGCCGCAAACGGUGCCGAGCGUGUCGAGCACGCCGCCGAUGUCGCCGAUCGACAUGGAGAACCAGGAGAAGAUCAAGCUGGAGAGGAAGCGGCAGAGGAACCGCGUGGCCGCGUCCAAGUGCCGGCGGCGCAAGCUCGAGCGGAUCUCCAGGCUCGAGGAGAAAGUCAAGAUGCUCAAGGGCGAGAACACCGAGCUGAGCGGCAUCGUGCACAAGCUCAAGGAGCACGUGUGCCGGCUCAAGGAGCAGGUCAUGGACCACGUGCACGCCGGUUGUCAGAUCAUGACCGUCAGCAACCAGUUUUGAAGUCGCCCCCUGAAGUCCGCCUCCCUCCCGAGGGUGGUGACGGACCUGCCGCCCUUUCUCGGCCCUUUUUCCCACCCCUCGUGGGUGAUUCGCUGUUGCCAUCAUCGUGCCUCAUCGUCUUCUUCUUCUUCUUGCUUUCCUUCGCGAAGACAAUUGUUUUGUCGCGAGAGAAUCGAGAGGCCGAAACCUCUUUUGGCCGAGUAAACACGGAUCCAUCGUCGUUCGGGAACGUUCCUUGUUAUCUCGGACCUCAACAAACUCCGGAGGAGGAAUUCCUUGUUUUUCUACAACCGACGGCGGCGAAAGAGAAAGAGAGGAAAAUAGGAAGCAAAGUUCUUCUCCAUCUUCUUCAAAAUCGUCAACGAGUUCGGGAUAGAAGGGAGGGAGUGUAUCUUGGAGAAGGAUGAUAAUGUCACGCCAUCCCGAGGAAGGCUUCUCGCGAAAGGGAGAAAGAGAGAGAGAGGAGAUUCAUCGUUGUCUUUCUCGAUUUUUCUGUGACCGAUCGGAGGAAGGAACCACACCGCGACGGCAAGAACAGUAAGCAGCAGGCGGAGCAGCAGCAGCAGCAGCAGCAGCAGCAGCAGGAGGAGGAGGAAGAGGAGGAGAAGGUGACGGUAGAGGAGGAGGAAGGAGUGCCUUCGUACAGCGUGAAACGUAAAGGAUGCUUUUGGGAGAGUGGCGGGCGUGCGCGCGUGCGUGUUGCGCGCAUGCGAGAGACUUUACACGCUCGGGCGACGGGCAAAUGCGUGUGUCGUAUGUAUGAGAGAGAGCGAGAAAGAGAGAGAGAGAAAGAAAAAGAAUGCGUGUGACAAGGAGAAAGAGUAUAUAUAUAUAUAUAUAUAUGUGUGUGUGUGUGUGUAUAUGCAUGCGUGAAAGAGAGAAAGAGGGAGAUCGCGCGAAGUAGCACGAGGAAGAGGUGGGGGAAUAUCGCGGCGGCCAUUUUGGAGAACGCGAGAGAGUCGGCGGGAGAUUCGAAGCUAUUGGAAGGCUCUUCUCAUUCCUCCACCGUUCCUUCCUCUCGCUAUCCGUUUGUUAUAAGUGAUUGACCGUCGUUCGUCACGACGACGGUUUUCCCAAUCCUCGAAGUCCGUGUCCGACGGAACGGACGGGAAAGAUCUCUCGAUCGAUCCUUUCGCGAAUCUUUUCCACGUUUGACGAUCUUGCCACGUUGUAGAUCGUAGAAAGCAAAGGGCUCCUUCUUUCUUUCUCGGCGGUGAAAACGAUAGCGCUGAUUUUCUUCUUUACCCGCGCGGACUCGCGUGCUCGGUUUCGCGCUUGUGCGUAUUUCUUCGAUGAUACGUGAUAUUCAUUCGCUAUGCGCAAGUAACGUUAAGUCAAGUGUCGAAAAAAUUGUUCUCUUGACACAGAUGCACCCUUGGAGGUGGUCGAUUUUUUUAUUGCGCUCCGCGAUUCUCGAACGGAAUUAAACGCCCCUCUUACCAAAGUGGUGAUGAUCGGUUACGUUCGAGGACCGACGAUUGUUUACCGUCUAUAGUCUUGCGGAUCAAUCAAAACGGGAGAUUCUCAUCUUCCCGGCACGAACCGCACCGACCGACUAACAAUUGUGAUAAGCGCAAUCAAACCCGGGAGAUCACAUUUGCCUUUUACCGAAUGCACUUUUCGCGAGAGAGAGAGACUCGAGCAUUCCGCUAGUUUUGGAAACUUCUACACACUUUGGUGCAUACGAGAUAUUGAUGACAAAUUAAUUAAUUCUAAGGAUUAAUACAUUACGGUGCUGUACUGUAGCCGCGCAGAAACGUGCAUUAGGGCAGUCCGUUGUAAUGACGCGUGUUUUAACGUACCGAAUGAUAGAAUCGAUCGACGACUUGAUUGAAGCGUCGAAACGAGCUUCAUUUUUUUUUUAAGUAGCGUACGUAGUCUCGCGUAACUUUUUUUUAAAUUAAAAAUCUAUAUCUAUUUUUAAAUUUUUGCAAUAUACUUGUCUGUAUCGCGAAGAGAAUCGAAUCUUUGAACGAUAAAUUAAAGUAUUUUUCUAAUUGUGAUUGAUGAGAUGAAAAUUUAUACAUAUAUGUAAAUACAAAGAGAGGCGUAACCCUUUUGCGCCAAGUAUAUAUGUAAAUUUUUUUAAUUGUUAAAAUUGUAAAAAUAUGUACAAAUUGUUUUUGGUAUCUUCCAUAUACGUACUUUGGUUGAAAGAUCAUUUGAAUAAAGAGAUGUAAUAUUUAUAUUACAUUAACAAAGAAUAUCUAUUGGCAAAAGACGCGUUACAAUCGUAUGCCUCGCCCCAUGCGAUUAACAUUGUUCGAUAUUUCUCUUCUAAGAUCAUCGAUAUUUAUCUCCGACGUGCCUCGACGUCGUUUCGCCUGCAACGCGUUGAUCUGACAGUGUACUGAAGAAAAAGUUUGGUAAUGAUAAUUAAGCUUUCGGGGUGAAAUAAUUUCAAUUAAAUGUUCAUCAAUAUAACCAGAUAUUUAGACAACACUAGACAAUACAGACGCGCGCUUCGCGCGCGCGUUAAUUAACUUUUUAUUUUUUACUUUUUAAAAAUAAAUUGCAAUGACAAUUGUAUAGAUAACCAUCUAUACAAAUUUGACAGCUGUCAAAAUUCAAUUGCAAUGAUAGUUACUCUCGCAACACGAAAUAAGUGCAGCAAGAGAACCAAUCAGCAUUGCGAAAAACUGUCAACAAUAAAAUCGCUUACACGGCUUUUUUUUACAAGAGAGAGACAGGCUUUAAUAAUAAAUAUAAUAAGAUAGUAAUCGAUCGGUUACUAAACAUUUGGUUAUGUUAAUAUUGGACAUUUCACUGAAACUAUUUCAAAAUUUAAUAACCAACAUCCUGAUUCCUGUAUGCGUCUGAUUAUUAUUAUCAAACUUUUUUUUUCAGUCUACCAAAGUAGCCUCUUUUCAACCACCGCUUUUGAAGAAGAAUUGUAGCGCUAUUAAGGCUGUAUAAAUAGUAGAGUAUAAUGUUCGGGAGCAGUCUUGCGUGUUGAACCUGUCGAAUAGUCGUCAUCCACUGCAGAAGGGGCCGGGGAGAAGAACGGACGCGAUGUACGCGCUUUCUAGCGAGAGGGAUCUCCCUGCAUAAUCGCCCGACGCGUGCCGAUUAAUUCGGGGAUUACGCCUGAUUACCGACGAUUACGGGGAGCCGAGGUAGUUCACGCGUGAUUAUUACGUGAUCGAUCGGAUCGCGCUUGUCGUCGUUGCGCAGGAUUUUCGAGAAAUUGACGCCAACUAGUCUGCCUCUCGUCCAACCGCGAAUCACGCCUCUCACGGAAGAUGAUUCACCGCGUUAAAGUUCCCAAUCGCUGAAUACCGCAAAACGCACGGGAUGAAUUUUCUGUGAGUUAAAAAAAAAACGGCGGACGCCGUACUUAAAAAGAAAAAAAAAAGGGAAAAAGAAGUUGUUCGCGCACUCGGAGAUCGAUAUACCGCGUCUGUUCGCGCGAUACUCCACAGGGAAAAGAAUCCCGAAAUUUUUCCCUUAGCUCUUAAGCCGGAGACGGUCAGCGAGCCACGGUUCUCCACUUGGUUCUUCUGCGCGCGCCUCGCGGCGCGUAGAACUCCAUUUCGUCAUAUGUGCAUCUAGUCUUGUCCACAGUAUGUCCUUGUAACUUGCGCGCGACGCGUAUUAUGCGUGUGCCGCAUACCGCGCACAUACACACACACAUAUACACACACAUCUAUACACAUGUACAUAUGCAACACUCACGCAUGAACACACACACACGCACACACACAGACACAUACACGGAGAUACGGGACGCACGUACGCACAAUAGCACGGUGGUCAUCGCGAUCGCGUUAAACCACGUGUCGCAAGCGGCACGGCGUCGGCAGGCGUCGCGACGUCAUCAGUCAUCCGCGAUAACUCCGGUAUUCACUGUUGUAAUCAGAAAAAAUAAAACGAACGAAGGUUUACACGCAACUACUCCGUAAUAUGCUUUUAUGUUAUAUCAGUGUUGUGAUUUUUAAUUUUAAUAUUAACAAAAUCAUUAGCCGAAUCAAUUUGUCAAUCUUAGUACUUGUAUUUCGUUCUGAUUGUCACUCAUGGGCGGCCACAUAAUAUACGGCAAAAAAAUUUGCAACGAAAAUUUAAAAAAUUCUUUUUAAGAAAGUGUCUUAUUGAAAAUUUUUUGUAGUAAAGACAGUAUAAAGAUUUUAUUUUAUUUAUCUUAAACAUCGUAAAUGAUGAAUUGAAUUUUCGGUAUAUGAAGGUGCGGUAUAUAUCGAAGUUACCCUAUAUAUUAAAUUCACGCCAUACAUUGAAACGGCAGAUGCAUGUUGUUGGAACACACCCCUCGUUUCUCUUACGACACAAUACAUUCACUAUCCGUACACGGAGAAAGCUUUAUGGUAAAAAUUAUUAUGUGAAAUAAUAAGCGCGAACCAAAGGAAGAAAUUAUAAAAAUUUUUACUAUAUUUUUUUCAUCAAAUCACCAUAGUAUUUACACUAUUUAUGGUAUAAUUCUCUGAAAUUUUUUCUUAUGGUCCGUAAGUACUAUCGUACAUAGUAAUUUUUAUUAUAAAAUUUUCUCCGUGUACGAUACACAUUUUGAUACGAAGUAUUCACGCGUGGGCUUAACCCGAGGACGCUUACCGCACGCAAGUUAUCGUUAUCGCGACGAUAUUGGUAUGUUUCCUCCCAUUUCUUCACGAAGACCCGGGAAUUGUCCCGUAUGGGCACACGCCCAGCUCGAUCUUUCCGUUCGAUUAUUCGUAAAGUUAUCGGUGCUUUAGAUGUGUAGGCGAUGUUGAUUAGACGAGUUUUUGAGUAAAAGAUUGCCAUACUGCACUGAGGAAAAAAAAUUGUUAAUUUGAUUAAAUUUCUUCGCAGUUCAAAUGUUUUAACUAUAAAUGCACAAUAAAAAAUUUAGUAUUAAUAUCACGUACAUUUUAUUCAUUCGUCAUUAGAAUUUAUGUUCUAAGCUACAAUAUUUUUAUAUUAUUGUCCAUUCAUUCGUAAGUUAUGCUAUUUUGUUAGCACUAACAUAUGUCGUAUAUUAAUUCAACACAAAAAUGCUUAACAAGAACCGAUUUUAACACAAAUAUAAUAUAUUUUUUAUUGUGUACUUGAGCGAAAAUUGAAGUUAAAUAUAUAAAUACUUGAACUGCGUGAGGAAAUUUGAUCGAAUAGAAACAAAUGCAUUCAAGUUACAACUCUUUUCCCCCCAGUGUAAUCCAUUCUUGUUGCAUCCUCUCCGAGAGAAUUCGGAUAUAAUCGAAUGAAAAGAUGAGAGUCAGGGACAUCUUGCUGGGAAGGGAGGGGGGAAGGGGAAGCGAGCAAUAACAAAGCAAUCUUACCUCCAUUUUGCGCAUUAUCUAAUACGAGAUGGAUCGCGCGCGCGCGUGAUCGCGAAGAAAAAUAUGAUUUACGAGCGGACGGGGAAAAAAUUGCGAUUAUCGCGCGGUUGCGCAAUCCCUUGCGAAUAAUGUCCUCGGCUCCGAGAACCUCGGUCCGAGAAUUUCCACGUCUCUCGUCGGCGUGGUCAGAGCGGCGGCCGAAAAGUUUCUUUCACAAAGACGACUAUCGUGAUAAGAAGAUUACAUUUGAGGAGGACGAGUGAUUUCUUACGCUUUGUACGGUGUGUUCUAUUUUUAGAUACAACAAGAAAUUGUCUCGAUUAUUUGGAGCGAGGAAUUUUUCAGCUCGUCGGGACUCCUCAGGAAGCUUCUGUCGGCCGCGACGAAAUCCGCGCGCGAAUUUUUCUUCUUUCUUCUUCUUCUUCGUCGCGGACGUUGUUGCGUAACGCCGCCGUCGUGGCGCGAAAUCUAACGGGUGUGUCCGGCGCGAGUGGCGGACCACACCUAUGUCGGUGUAUCCGCGACUCGUAUCGCCUCGACACGCCGCUGGAGGGAAAUGUGCGUCUCACCGAGAACGCUUCUUCACCGGGCGAUAUUUUUAGACGGACGAAAAGCCCAUUUUUUCCUGUGCGAUCUUUUUCUCUUUCGACGCGACAGUUCGGAGCCUCAAUCAAACUAAUUAGGCGCGCUGAAGCUAAUUAACCGAUACCUACGACCCUCUUAGCGAUCGAUCUUUUUACACUUUUACGACUUACGCACAUAAUUGUCGAGAGUCGAGAAGGAGGAGGACGCCGAAAGUGCCCGCGCCAGCUUCGCGCGCUUACUUGACUUCUACGACUGUCCGUUUGGCCUCGUUCUCCCUCUCUCUAUCUCUCUCUACACUUUCUUUUUUAACAUUGACACGGAGAAUGUUAAGAUAUAUUUAUUUCUUAAGAUUAACUCCCUCCGAUACUCGCAACGGUCGUUACGAUAAUCUGAAUUUCGCAGGAGGGAAAAACGAUAGAUUAAGAGAACAAACGGAAAGAUUUCAUGCACAAAACAAAUUUCAUGCUCAUUAUAACGUACAUUAAGCAGCGGUGGGAAUAUUUAUGAAAAAAAA